CCCCCCCCCAAAAAUAAAUACAACCACACCCACCUGGCACACUAGACUAGUUCCAAUUCUAGUCUCCAUUGUACUCGGACCACCAACCUCCCCGAUCGCACGGCCGUGCCCAAAUCCGUCCGCCUGCACUACUAUAUAUCUCGCUACUAGGUAACUCCGUACAACACCACAGAGAAGAAUCUCCAGCACAGAAACCGGGUAUCGCAAACGAUUUCCCGUCACUUUGUUCCCCUCCCGAAAAAAACCACAAAGUACAUAUCCGAUCAGCACACAAACCCUCCAACAAAAUGGGCACCCUCAGUAGAUCCGCCAUCAUCGUCAUCGUCAUCGUCGCCUGCCUCGCGCUCGUCGCGAUGGGCGCCGCCCUCUUCAAGACCUACGGCGGGCCCGAGAAGGAGCGGCCCUACAACUUCUCCCGCGAGCAGGAAUCCUACAUGCGCUCCGUGCGCUUAAAGAAUCUGGGCUUCUUUCAGCGCGAGUCGAUGAUGGGGUACGGUGGCGGUGGUGGCGGUGGUGGUGGGAAGGGCCCUGCGGCGCCGGUCGUCCGGGAUGUGGAGUCAGGAUAUUCGGAGAAUGGGUCGUCGCUUUACUAGUCCCCAUCUUUCUCUGCACGACUUUUUCGGAGGACUUCCGGAUCUCGCUUCGAGGAGGACGAUACGAUACCAUUUUGCCAAUGCAAAAGAAAACCAAAAAGGCUAUUUGUGAAGAGCGUGGAUAUUGUAUGAAUUGACGAUCAUGGGGUUUUGCUUUGUUCGAUUUUCUCAACCAUUCGGGGGUUUUAUACUAUCACUUUUGCUGGGUCUGAUAUGAGUUUCCAUGUUUCCAGCGGUGCUGAGGGGCUGGCGUUCUGAACUUGUCUAUAUGCUUUCUAGAUUAUACCUAUCUGCCGUUCUUGUCAAUUCGACCAUUGUCUUAUCGCUACUGAUUGUGGUUUCAUGUUGUUUGAGAUUGACGAAGGCUGGCAGGUUCAAAUCUCAUACCUCAUCACGUCCAGUCAUGUGCAACUGCUC